AUAUGCAUUAUUAUUUACCUUUUCGUUUACUGAUUUAUCUUUCCAAUCUUUAUCCAAAAAACGUGAUGUGCAGUUACAUAGGGAAGAAACUCUUCUAGAGUCGUCAUGUUUCCUUUCUCUUUCCCACUUCUCAUUCAACUCAAAUUCUUUCUAGUUACUGCUUAAAUUGAAACCCCAAAAAUAAUACCAUGGUUGUUGAUCAUCUCACUUGAUACCCAAGAUGACAGGGAAAAUUCAUGACAAGAAUGGGGUUUUCGUUCCACCAAACUCACAUUUCACAUAUGUUCUCAGCAUCACCCUCCCUCAACCAACGAUAAGAAUCAGGAUUCCCAGGGCGUUGGUUAAGGCUAUGCAGAGAAGAAAUCAAGCCCGGAGUGAAAAUGAUGAAAAUGGUGGCAAGAACAAGGUGAAACAUCGGGCUACAUCUAAGAAGAGUUUCAGGAAGAAGGUUGGGUCUAUGUUUUCCAAUGUUUUUGGUAAGAAGAAUUCACCAGGGACAGACCCCAAGGAUGACAAUGGCGAGGUUCAUAGCAAUGUAGAUGGUGAGGAAAUGAAGAAGUUGAAGAAUAUGAUUGAAAGUGUUGACAUGGGAUCGGAGAAAAUGACAGGAAAAAGCAGUGAAGAGUACAAUUUGAAUGAUGAAGUGGAACAAAUAGCUUCAGCAACAGGAUUUGGAGCGUCCAAGAAGGGAAUGCAGGAGGCUGGAGAUGAAGGAAAGGAGAAACCGAUAGUCAAGGAAAUGGUUGAGGCUGGAAAUGAAAGAAAAGAGAGACCGAAAUCAAGGCGCACAUUCUCAAAGUCAAGAACCUUGAGCAAAAUGAAUGACCUGGAACUCAACAAAGCAAAAAUCAACAAUGUUGAUGAUAUUAUUGUUAUUGGUAACACUGAUUUAACUGUUGCUUGUGUAGGUAACAAAGGUGCAAAUACCCUCAGAACAAAGGCGAUUGUUUCCCUGAAACAGGCAGAAAAUUCCAAUGACUUGACCAGGUUUCGAUCGAAAACACUGAACAGCAAUCGGAAGGUUAAGACUGCUUGGUCCAUGAAGAAGAUGACAGGUGGGCUCGUGGGAGAAAAAUCAGACAAACAAGAGCUUUGCAAGAAGAGGAUUAUAAUGGGAGGAAGGUGCAGGCCUCUGAAUCAUUCUGGCAUAAUUCAAUAUGAUGAGAAUGGUGUUUUGAUCCCAGAGAUUAUCCCUUGAAGUUGAUGAUGGUAAGAUUGUAAAAGAGCAUAUAUUACUGCCCUCUUUAGGAGUUGAUGAUGAUAGUCUGUUCUCUUGUUUAGAUUUGGUUAUUUACAAAUUUCUAGUAUGGAGAUUGCAGGGGCACCAAACCUAGCUACCUAGCUAUUUCAAAUCUUUGUAAAAGACCAAAGUUUUAUGAGUAUCUCUUUUUCUUAAAUGAUUGAAUUGUCCCCUCCCCCGCAUGCAUCCACCAAUUAUUGAUGCCAAAGGGUCCUUUAUUCCAAUUGCAAGU